AACGUGAGCUGGAAAAGACAGGGGCACAUCGAUUGCUCGCAUCUGUUUGGUGAGAUUCCUUCAUUUUUUCACUCUUUCUUAAGAUUAGGCAGAAGAAAAGAAAAAUCAUUUUUUGUGGAUUCUUGAACAGGCACCAUCGAUGCGUCUAAUAUUCUAUCAAUCUUGUAUAAAGUUCAUAUCACGCAUGUGUGCCCAAACAGAGUAGUUAAACCUACCGCCGUAGUUCGUCCAAUUGAGCACGCGAAAUAUGAAGGAUGGGAUCUUUUUUUUUCUAUACGCUUUAGCGUGGAAUGAAGCGGUCAAGCCUAGUGCAAGUCAGUAGAUGCCUUGUUUAACACAAUUAAGCAAUCUUUCUAUGCAUGGCUGGGAAGGUAACCAGAGAUGAUAUUCAUGAAUUCCAUUUUCGAAAUACGUAAAGAAUGGAUCCAGUGAUAAUUCGUGGAAGCCAAACAGCUGGUUUCGUAUGACGUCCCAAGGAGGAUAUCGACUAUUGUGACUCUCAAAAUCUUCAUGUAUCAUUCCCUAACUUGACUUUGAAGAUCAAAAUAAUGCAAGAAAUAUGGACGAGUAAGUUUAUUUUGGUCAAAUGGAUGCUGCAUUCGUUUAACGAGAAGACUGACGGAAAGUCGAUUUCGGUUUCUCGAACAGAAUGAUGAAAGCCUUUUUUUAUUGCGACAGCCUCCUGUAUCUUUAUUUGACCGAAUUUUAUCCUGGAAGUUCUGUCUGAAAAUGUGUACAGUCAAAUUUUGAGCUUCAGACUGGAUAUUCAUGGAUACCAUGACUAACCCCAAUUAUCAUAAUUGACUGACAUUUCUGUUUAAUUUCAAGACAUGCACAGCAUGACCUAUGUACAAGCCAGUAAUCUGUUGAGAAUAUUCAGAGCACAGGAUGAUAUAUAAAGAAACACUGUGACAUCUCGAGAGAGCGAAAAUGCCAAACCAUGUAUGCUUAUGACCCCAGUUAGCAUUUUUAUGUCUUGACGCUACUUCAAAUACAUCAACACAUUAGAUGUGAUGAAGUUUACCAACUUCUGUUCUGUGACUGGUGAAAUAUGAUAGCUACGUUGACGGUUGUACACAAUCGAAUUAUAUACAUGUAUUAUCUGGUUAUGGUAUGUAAGAGAUCAUAAUCAUAUCCCAAUCGCAUUCUCAUCUGACAAGGCACACUGCGUCGCUUCUAGUAUUGAUACGUACACACUUUUUCCGUGUACUUUCUUGAAAAGAAUUCCCCCCCCCCCUUUUUUUUUAAUGACAUCAGACUGUUCUCGUCACAAGAAGGAGAAAGUUGGUUUCUGCGAGGCUUCUGAAACUUACACGGUUACAAUCAGGUUACAAUCAAGCACACAUUUCUACAUUUAUCAGUCCUGGCGAUCAAAGCUGUCAACGAGUAAACCAGCCGAAUAAUGCCGUCAUCUACUGAGAGUUGGUCUUAACGCGCCCCUGUAUAGAUCAUUUUGGCAUAAUUGUGGGUCAUGAACUGACUUAAUGAGAAACCCUAGACACUGCAUGCUUCCCCGCUGUCGCCAUUACGAUGACUUGGUCGAUAGAGAGAUAAGCAUCAACUUUUCAUUCCUCUCUCACAUAUUCGUCGAAGUGAUAUUAAUAAGUAAUAUGUGAAAUAUUUGUCGCCAUCCAGUAUCAGCGUUGUGGAUUAUUAAACAGUUGUUGAAAUUUUGACGCUGGAGUGCCAUGCCAAUAUUGGCAGGUUCCUCAUUUCAGAGGGAAAAAUCAAGAAAAUGAAUUAUAAAACUUGAUGAAAAUCGCAUUUGUAAUUGAAAGGCUUUGUACCAAACAAAACGGAAACACUUCUUGGUAUUAUUUAGUGACAAAACGCAGCUAAUUUACACUCUCAUUAUUGAUGGAAGUAUAUUCGCAGUGACUUGUCCUUUUACAAAAUUAUCAAUUGAUGUAAUCUGCCCCACUUAUCUUUCGAAAAACUAAUUAAACUAAUCAAUCGAUAGACAAAUUGAUCGAUGAUAUACGUGGGAUGCCUAGCUGAUGUGCAGUUUAACUCAUAAGGCAAUGUCAGACAGCUAUUCCCGCAUGAACGAAUCUGGAAGGCGUGGGCAUGAAUACCUGAUGACUGGAGAUCUUACAUCUUCGGUUACUGAACCCUGAAAUUUCUGGAUUUCCCUCAUCUGCAGCAUCACUCACUUUCCUGUUCGUAAUUAUUACGGAAUUAUUAUUCAUAACUUACACUUUAUGCAACGGUUUCAAUGAAUGAUUUGGCGUUGCCUGUAUUUUACUCCAACGAACUACAGUCCGCCCUCAUUCUUCAUAAAUAGCCAUUUACUGAAACGACUCGGCAAAGAGAGGUGCUGCAAACUUGUGUGCCUUAGUUUACGAACGGGUUGUCUUGAAGGAAAUUAGUUACUAUGAGACACUAUUAGAGAUACGUUUGCUGUGACUGAUCCUUAGUAUUAUGCCGUCAAAGUCAAUAUUCUCAGACUGAAUGAAGUAUUUCUUCAUUUUUAUUUGGAUUUCUCGAAAUCAAAUGUAUAGGAAGUGUUGUUUAGAAGUCUCUUGGUGAUUAUUUUUUCUGUAAAACAGGGGACAUUCGAAUAUUUUUUCUCUGUACUGAAAACUUUUCAAAACGCACCAUGCUCUUCAAAUCCAUUCUGAUUGCGGGGUUCCUCUGCAUAUUUAUCAUCGGUGUCUGUGCUAACGCCCUGGUAAUCCUGUUAUCUUUCAAACCCAGUGGAAAUGUCAAUGUUAACGUCAACGUCAAUACAAUCAACACCUACCUCGUCAACAUGGCCGGAGCGGACCUGCUCUACAUAUUCGGCUGUCUAUUCUACACACUGACGAACUACAACCAAGACGGUUGGCUCUUCGGUGACGUAGGCUGUCGGUUGAUCCUAAGCAUCGACGUCCUCACCAUGCACGUUAGUGUUUACAUCCUAACUGUAAUGAGCAUUGAGCGCUAUGUGGCUGUUGUUCAUCCGAUGUUGUCUCUGAAGUACCGAAGUGUCGGCUUCGCUCGGGUUAUCGUGGCGGUAAUCUGGGUAUCUGCCAUGGUAUUAGCAACACCAAUGGUGGCCAGUAUGGCAUUGACUCGAAUUCAUGACGGUCACGGAUCUGUGAAAUACACUUGCGCUUGGACGAUGAACGGAGAUGAUUCUCUUCCCACCUACAUGAUCUCAGUCUUUCUUAUCACCUUCGCCAUCCCGUCCAUUAUCAUGGUAAUUGCCUAUUUGCUCCUCAUGGCACAUUUUUGUCAGGUCAGGUCAGAGCGUACUGGUAGUCAACAGGUGCGACGAUCGAAACGUCGAGUAGCACAAAUCGUGUUUCUGGUAGUUCUGGUCUUUUGGAUAUGUUAUACUCCAUUUUGGGUCUACCAACUUACCGUCCUGCAUGUUGAAAACUUUGAUCCUAAGCAGAUUAUGGGGCUCGUCGCUCUGAUUAUAUCAUACCUCAAUUCCUGUUUUAACCCUUUUCUAUAUACGCUUUUGCCCAAGAGGUAUAACGUCUGGCAAAAGAUGAGGAAACAGAGUUCUUUUUCCGCUCCAAAAUAUCGUCUUACGGGUAGACCAGAAGUGUGCGACUCUCUUUAAAUGAGAAUAGGGAGUUUCCGCAAUUACGACGCAGAACGCUUUUGGGAACACAGAGAACGUAUUGUCAAAUGCCCUUCAUGACAAUGGAGUCUUUGUCGAGGGUUGGUGACUUAAAACAGCAGUUUCGUCCUGGACUCUGCUGUUCCGAUUCUCUAAAUUUCGACAAAGCCCUCCGAGCAUUUCAUUAUAAUUAUACUUGCAUUUCCAAUGCAUUUGCUGUGUUCUAGGAUUAUUUCUGCGUAUUAUUCCAUUAAGAAGACAUCCCAUAGUUAUUUGUCUACUAAGAUAGACGGUGUAAUUUUAUGUCUAUAUUAAUUGUUAAAACAGUCUUUGUGAUCAAUGGUUCCACCAAAAUAAUUUCACUGCAAUUCGGAUCUGUUACACUAUUAGAAUAGUGCCAGCUCUGAGCCACGUUGCAUAAAAGUUCAUAUUAUGUAUAACUUUAUCAUCUAAUGGUAACUUUCCUAAACUCCUUGAUCCUGAUUGGCUGAUUAGCAUUGCUACCAUGGUAGUUACUAUUGGAUGGCAAAGUUACUAUAAUAUUAACUUUUAUGCAAUGGGGUCCAGAACUUCAAAAGUGGACAGUUGUGAUCCAUUUUUCCAGUGAAAUUAUGACUAUUCUCUUGUAAUUCAUUCACUCAUCUUUUUGUAUAAAGGUGGAAUAGAAGAUUAGAAAUUUGAUUAGAACUGGAAGCGGAAAACAGAAAUUACAUUACAUUUCUGCCAUCAAAAUUGGUUAUCCAUCAUUAGUGUUAAACAUAUUUUUACAUUUAUAUUAUUUUUCUAAUGGAAAAAUGUACAAGCAAAGAAGCACAGAAUACCAAUUUGAUAAGAAUGACAUGAAGAAUGUCGAAGUUGAUGAAGCAAGAAAUGUGUUAUAGGUUCAAAGAAGUUAAUCUUAUUUACUCAUUUCAACAAUAUUAAAACACGAAUGUCUGACAAGCUACAGACUGUAGUCUUCUGCAUACAGGGUCCCGUAACACAAAGGUUAGCAAUUAAUCGUACGUUUGAUUGUACAUUGUAGUCUAUGCAAUCAAUAGUUGUAAAAUGUUUUACGAUCAUUGCUAAGCUUUGUGUCACAGGCCCCUGGUGUUUCUUGUCCCUAAAGAGAAUAAAAAUAGAAAAGACUCAAGUUUAUCAAACAAGACAAAAUCAUUUAUCUAACUCAGGCAUUGAUAUGAAGACAGUCGAUCUUCAUGUCGCAUGAUGAAACAAAAAAAAAAAGUUUAAAAUUCGAGUCAAGUGCAAUUCGAGAGUAUUAAAUAUUAUGAAUUAUUUUCACGAUUACUGUGAUUUUUUAUCAAUAAAAUUAUAUGAUAUUGUAUUAUCAAUAAUUGUGUUUUCCUUCGUGAGAGUUUGAUUAUUAAACUCUUGUUCUUAACGUCUUAUUUUACGCCCGACCACACUCAUUCACAAGACUUUUUAAUCCGCCUUAUCGCUUUUGUCGAUGUGUAAGAAAUUAUGAAAUGUCUCUUAGUUUUUGUUCGUCAUAAAUUAUGCAUAAAGACGUGUGGUUGCAAAGCAACAAUACAAUCAUGCUCUAUGUGAGACCGUGAGUUGCUAUUCGUAGUAAGAAGUCUUUAAAGGUAAAUUAUGUGCACGUUCGUUGAUGCCCAUUAAAAUUCAACGCUUAACAGUCAAAACCGAUUUCAGAACUCCUUUCCUAUAGGCCCUAUGGAAAGAAGUGAAAUAAAUCCUUUCUUAUAAUGCAGUUUACUCAUCCCUCCAAGGAGUAUCAUUCGGAACAUUAAACUAAUAACAUACAUAUUGCUAUCAUAAUAAAUCGCUUGUAUUGCCAUCGUAUUUUUUCAGUGUUAUUUAUGCAUAUUACAAGACGUUAAAGAAUCAUCAUAUUGUGUCAUGUAUAGACGUGUUGUAUAUAGAGAAAGGUGAAAUGACCAAUGAUGGCGGUGAGCUGAUAAUGUAAAUGAUCUCUUGAAGCACUUUCUCGACGCCACUAUAGAGAUAAGUGAGGGUUAAUUGAAUGCUAGGGGAAAGGAACAAAAGAAAAUAUUACACUUUCAAAUGGCGAACGCAUUCAUCAUGUUAUUCCUUUAUUCUAUUGUUACACCUACAAAACGGAUCCACACUGAUCCAAGUUAUGACAUUAUUCUAUAUGGGAAACGAUUGGUAUAGGUCUGGAUUAUUUCGUUGGUGGGUGUGCCUGCGGGUGAGGCUAUUCUUUGCAAUGGUAUUUUUACACCUGACAUCUGCCUGGCAUCAGGGGGAAGUCGUCUCAUUGUGACGUGAUAAGGAGGAAACUAUUGCCACUUGCUAAUACCUCGGUCACAUUUAAAUUACGGCGGCCGUACGCGAGUUGAAAACAGCCGUUUUAACAUUUUUUGUACCAGCUAUACAUAUAGGUGGUUUGAAUGAAAAAGAAUAAAACGCUGUAUUCGUCUCGCCGUACGGCUGCCGAAGAGUAUUAAUUGUGACUGAGGUACAUUGUCAACGUGUUAAACAAAGGUGUUUCAUAUACCACAUUCGUCAUCGAAAGUGAUGAUCUCGACACCCUUGCAAACGAACUGAAAAAUUCAUCAAGUUUGCUAAAUAAAAAAUGUUGAAGUUACAGUGAAAUUCCAUAUAUUCAUUGAAAUGAGUUGCCAGUCGAGGCAAUUAUGUAUACUUAGGGUGCAAUAAUUCUCCAUCUAUAUAUGACUAAAACUAUAAACCUUUAUUCAUUGAAAAGCACCUGGUACUUUAUGAAGGUGAUGGAAAGGUAACAAAGAGAAUUCUCGAAGUAUCACAUCAGUCAGUUCACGAGCUUACUUGAAGCCAUACAUUGUCAUGAUUGUAAAGCGCUUAGAAUGGCUUCUGAUGAAGUAAGUGAUGAAGGCUAAAUAUAAUUAUGAACGCAUGAUUAACUUAGUAAAGUGAAACCGAGUCUCACAAUUCGCUAUCUUACCCGCCAAUUGCAUAAUACAACUAAAAAUGUUAGUUAUAUUCAACGUUGCAUUGUAUAUGAUUUAUCGAUUGAAAUUCAGUGAAUAUACUUCUGGUUUUCUUUGCUCUGCCGAUUUGCCUUACAAAUUAUGUGUGUAUUAUAGCGAAUUGCAAUAUUUGUAAUGCUGGUAAUGUCAUGUAUGUGAAAUAUUCUUUUAUUCUGUACACUGUGCAUUCGCACAAACAUAUUAUUGAGAUGUACUUUUGCCUAAUAAGUAAAAGUAUUACACUCUAAAAACACUGAGUAAAAUUUUCCCCAAAAUUGGGUAGAAAGGGAACAUGCGUGUUUGCUGGGUAUUUUUUUUUACCCCAUAUUGGGCUAUUUCAACGAAACAUUGCGCAAAAUUUGGGUAAUCUUUUUACCCAACCAACAUGCAUGUUCCCAUUUUACCCAAUAUUGAGUAAUCUUUUGUUAGAGUGUACGAGCUUUGUAAUCUUAUUUUUAUUUAUCUUGGUGGCAUAUGUAUUUAACACAUGAUGAGUACCGUAUGGAUUCCGUUGAAAAAUGUAAUAGGCUAAAGCUACUUCGACGGACUCUUCGUCUUCAUCUUACUCUUCGUUUUUGAGAGAGUAAUUUUAAGCGAUAUAUGUAUGUAUGUAUGUAUGUCAGAUAUAGAUAUAUAAUGUAUAUUAAUCAUUGGGAAUUGAAAUCAACGAAAUGAAGUCAAACAUACAUUUAUACAUAUCCUAUUCAAAAUAAUAAAGUUGUGAUAGUAGGCGCAAUUGUAUUUUCUUUUAUGAGUAAAAUGCACCUUACAAAAUUGAUAUUAUCCUUGUUAAAAGUAUUAAAGUAGGCACAUUCACAUUUUAGAAUAUGUAUUCUCUUUAAACAUGCUUCAUGGCGGUUGAUAUUACGAAAAAUAAAUUAUGCUCUCCAAUUAAUUUUAUGAUACUGGCCUCUGAAGUUUAUUUCCCUUCCUUAAUCAAUUGAUAUCAACAGUACCAACACGAACAUUUAUUUACCAUUAAAUAAAACUAUUUCUAAUAUUAAUUUUAUUUUAUUAAUUAAAAAGGUUGUAUGACCGAAAGCGCACAUCUAUAUAUCAGAAAAAAAAUAUAUGCUUGGAACUAUCCCAAGUGGAAUUUCAAAAGAAAACUUACAAAAAACAAAAACAUACUUUAGAUGUCUUUGUUUUUUCAAAUUGAAAAAAAAAUGAAUUAAAUUUAAAAGCCGAUAGUGUCCCAUAGAAAACACACGUUCGGCAAUAGUGUAACGUUUUCAAGCUGUUGUAUCUAUCCAAUUGGAGUGCACAAUAGGAAUCUGGAUAACGAUAUCCCAUGUUUGUUUUGUUUUUGUUUUUUAAUGUUUCCUUUUCUGAAAGAUUUACUCAUUUAAAUAUUCAAUUUUUUUACCGAAUUUUGCAUCUUGAGUUACUUUAAUUAAUUGCAAUAUAUUUUCUUUUCAGUAAAAAUAUCCUGGUACUUUAUGCUCCCGUUUGAUACAUUAUGUUUAAUACGCCGUGCCUGUGUCAGUUAUGCGACCCUGUGCUCUCUUUUAUUAUGUCUAAUUCAAUGUAGAAAAUUUAUUUUUGUUCAUGCUUUUUGUUCAAUAAAGUGAUGCAAACGAUUGCAUACGCGAAGAGGGGUAGAAAUUAGAAAAUGAAAUCGUAAAGACGAACAAAACAAUCUUCGCCAAAAAAAUAUAUGAACGCUUAAAUAAUGUCCUGAUUUUCUGUCGGUAUUUUAUCGAGAAAUUUAAUGAAAUUUCAUUUCAUACAUAAUUUUCAUAUUAAUGAUACGAUUUGAUAAAUGAAAAGUGUUCGCUUUUAUAAUACAUUUCCAGCCUACUUUAUCCAUUCCUCUGAUUCGUGAUACUGUAACAUUACAGCGAUGAAAUUCCUAUUAAGUUCUUUUUCGAACAAUAGCGAGUUUUCGAACCGCCAUGCAGAACGAACACAGUGAAUGUAUUAAAAAUGCAAUUUAAAUCGCUGAGAGAUUUUUGUCGAAAACUGGUGAACUAGAACGGCCGUUCGUCCUUAGUAUCGGAGCUGACGAAAAAAUUGCAAAUAUGUCGUUUGUGUGGAGUCGAGGGCGAAACUGCUGUUUUGAUUCACCAGUUAUCGACAAAGACUUCUUGUUGUUAUAUAUCAUUGCGAGCAUUUGGCCAUAAAAUUUCAGUGCUCUUGAAAGCGCUCUGCGUUGUGUGGCGAAAAAUCCAAAUUAACAAGAGCGACGGGACGAAUUUGAAAGUAUAGGGGCUGAAUUCAAAUUGAAUUGAAUGCUGUGCAUGCGUAACAUCACACUUCUUUUGAACAUCAUUCCUGAAAAGUUAGGGCUGAGGCCGACUGCCUCCCCCACUCCCACAGCCCCUGAAUAAGGCUUAUGGUAAGACAGAAGUGCAAAAAGGGACAAAACUUCAUCACAAUAUUAAAAAGCCACUCGAACUUAAAGAAUGCAUUUGAUAAAAGUAGCAUCAAAAUUAAAGAGGCAAAGCAUUGCCUCUGAAGCCACUUUCUCAUUUUUUCUUUUGUGUUUUACCGUAAGAAAUAUAAAUAUUUGUUUCACUGUUCUACUAAAACUAUAAAAUUAGGGUCGGCAUUGAUCAAUGCAAGAUAAUCAAUAUGCUUGAAGUGAGAUACUUUGUAAUUAUAUGAAUCGCAUUAAACAUGAUGAGAUGAAAUAAAAAAAGGAAAAGUAUGGAAGGGAUAUCAUUAGCCCACUCAUCGCAUGGAUUACUCCGAGUAAACGCAUGCACUUUAAAGUGCAAUACCAUGCCAUACAAAGCUCCUAUUUUUUGUCUUUCUUUCAUAGUUUCAUUACUUUACAGUUACAAAGUGAAUGUACUGCACGAUCGUACUAGGAUAAAUUUACAAAUAUGAUUAUUACCUGAAAUCCUUGAACAAAUUCCAUUUUGAAAAAAAAUAUAUAUUUACCAGCAUAAUCAUUAAACGGAAAUGCCAUUUUUAAUCACUUUCGAGAAGUUCAUUAUCACUCCCAUGCAUAUACAUUUUCUGCCAGCAUAAGCAAUACAAACUAAGGGUCAAAAUAAAAGACAUUAACUUUUGAAUAGGAUUUUAUCACUCGAAGUUCUUCACAGACCAAAUUUUUACUGGUUCAAUAUAAAAAUGAUUGAUUUUAUAUUUUUCACACUUCAAGGCUGAGCCCACACCACCACCACAAACAACUGCAAUUAUAUUAUAUUUGUAAAUCGAAAGUUUAUUAAUUUACAUUAAGUGGCAUUGAAUUGCAAAGUACAAGCUUUAUUUUUUUAAGAUGAAUCUGCUUUAAAAAAAAGUCUGACACGUAAAAUGUGGAGAAUAAAUUAGUAUAAAGAUUUUUUUGAUAUACUGGUGUUGAAAUGGCGUGAAAGUAAUUUUCUGUCUUUCACAUAUCAUGUUCUUAUUGGAUGUAAACCGUGUAAAUCACACUUCAAGGCUGAGCCCACACCACCAAAAGAUAGAUAGAUUUGAAAAGAUAGAGAAAUUCAAAGAAACAUUACUCUGAAAUUUUCAUCACUUGUUCGUGUAUAGGAGGUAUUUCAAUAAAGGUUAUUCAAACAACUGCAAUUAUAUUAUUUUUGUAAAUCGAAAGUUUAUUAAUUUACAUUAAGUGGCAUUGAAUUGCAAAGUACAAGCUUUAUUUUUUUAAGAUGAAUCUGCUUUAAAAAAAAGUCUGACACGUAAAAUGUGGAGAAUAAAUUAGUAUAAAGAUUUUUUUGAUAUACUGGUGUUGAAAUGGCGUGAAAGUAAUUUUCUGUCUUUCACAUAUCAUGUUCUUAUUGGAUGUAAACCGUGUAAAUGACAUAUUUUUGUGUUACACUGUAUUGAAUUAAAUUCACAUUUUGAAU